GAGCCGAGAUCCAAGCGAGAGAUCCGAGACAAAAAAAGCCAACGCGGCGUCCCGUGGUCGCUGCAGCCGUGGAAAGCAGAUAAAAUGCGACGUACACUGGUACGACGACCGGCCAGGGUCCGGACCCUCGAGAUCUUCAAGCGGGAGGCUGCCCUGAUCGGCGCGCAGGGCGGCGAGCUGCCCGCCGUGGGCGCGGAUCCGGAGGCGCGGGGCCUCGGCCGCCUGCGGGAGGGCGAUCUCCUGUGUGUGCCGACGGGCCGGAGCGUCCUCGACGUGCUCCAGCUCUCCGGCAUUUGCGCGGACGGCCACCUUGUGACGCGCGACGAGGAGCGCCGCCAGAACUUACGGGACGGUCUGCGGUGGCACCAGGGCGAGAACGACCCCAAUCCCAGGGGCUGGAAGAGGAUCGACAGCCUCGCCCAGGUCGACCCCUCGUGGUUUUGUAGGCUCAUGCCCGACGAGACGCGCCCCAUCCGCUUUGCGGUUAUCGACGGUGUCACGGGAAGCAUCGAGACUUUCACGACCCUGACCUUGAAGCGCGUCGCGGGCCAGGCGCAGCGCAUCACGUUCAGGGAGGCCGGCACGGACGAGAUCACCCUCGACGACUGGCUCGAGGCGCACGUCGGCGGCGACGGCAACGCGGAGGUGCGGGCCGCGGUCCGCGCGGCGGCGGGCGGCGACCUCCGGCGCCUGCAGGCGAUGCGCCCCCGCGACCUCUCCCGGGAGCUGCCGCUCUCCCGGUGGGACCCGGCGCCGCGCGACGCCUUCCUCGAGGCCGCGCGCGACCUGCGGAGCGGCGAUUUCGGCAUCGUGCGCUACGAGGCCGAGGCCUUCGACUCCCUGGCGAACACCGCGCACCGCUGCGCCUGCGCCGCGUGCCUCACGACGAGCGCGACGGACACUUCCAACGACGACCUCAACCUUUGCCAGCUCGAGGUCCGGCGGUGGGUCAAGGGCUCGGACCCGGCCAACGCGACGGUCGACCUCCUGAGCCUCCUACCGUGGAACGACGUGGCUGUGGGCCUCGAGGAGACGGACGCGACGUGCAUCGAGGUAAGGCUCGUCGAUGCGACGCACAACACGCGGCCGAUCGAGGACCUCCGCGUCUCGCUGAACAUGAAUAUCUACCCCCGGGGCGACAGGAACGACGACGACCUGCUCAAUGUGGCGCGGACGGUGGAGCUGCGACUCGAGAACGGGCUCGGUGGAGCUGCUCAAUGGGCACGCGAGGCCGCCCAGCGGGUGGCUCUUCCGCCGGUGCCUGCGAUGCCUGCCGCGCCACCGAUGCCGCCGGCGCCCGCGCCCGCGCCGCGGCGCGAGGCUAAGACGGGGGGCGAGCGGCGAGGCAAGAAGCGCCCCCGCGCGGCGAACGGCACGAACGGCACGUUCGCGGAGGCCGUCCUCGCAUCGGUGACCUGUCCAAUCUCUCAAAGCCUCGUGGUGCGGCCGGUCAUCGCGGAAGACGGCAAGUGCUACGAGCGGGCACACAUCGAGCGUUGGCUGCGCCAGAAAAAGUCGUCGCCGCUCACGAAUCAACGAAUGGGCACGCGUCUGGCGGACCAUACCGACGGCCGUAAUCUAGUCGCUUCCGCGAUUGAGAACGGCCUAGUAGACGGCAACGCAGCCGCUGCCUGGCACCUCGCGUCGGCGCGCCUCAAGCUCGUCGGGGAACUGCCCGGCGGCCUCGAUUCUGCGAAGGAGCACCUCGCGGCGGCGGCGCCGUCUCCCGAGUGCGAGUGCGCGGAGGGGACAUCGUCCGACCGCGACAUGCUCCUAGAGGCGUUUAAGCUUCGAGAACAGGUGAAGUCCUUCGUCGCGCGAGCCGGUGAGCGGGGCUUAGGCAACGAGGUCGUGCGGCUGCUCACCGUCGACCGUCCCUCCGGCGUCGUUGCUGCUGCUGGUACGCCCAUGACGGCGUGGCGCGGAGACCUCGUUCCGAAUCAAUCCGUGAUACGCAUUAUCGACAAUGUCGACGAGUUCCGAAGGCUCUGCGAGCGGCGGGCACCGGGGGCGGAUAGAUUCGUCGAUUGGGUCGAGGACAUGGAAGAACUCGCCGGCGAGGAAUUUACAGUUGAAGGCCUUGACGAGGAUGAUCGCGCGUACAACAUCGAAGCACACUUUAGGGUCCCCUUCGACGCCUGCAUCCUCGUCAGGGUGUGA